AUGGCGGGCCAGGUUAUCAAGUGCAGGGCUGCCAUUGCCUGGGAGGCUGGAAAACCUCUUUCCAUUGAGGAGAUAGAGGUGGCUCCCCCAAUAGCUCAUGAAGUUCGAUUUAAGAUUAUUGCUACUGCAGUUUGUCACACUGAUGCCUGUACCCUGAGUGGGGCAGAUCCUGAGGGGAGUUUUCCAGUUAUCUUGGGACAUGAAGGUGCUGGAAUUGUGGAAAGUGUUGGUGAAGGAGUGACUAAGCUUAAGGAAGGUGACACUGUACUUUAUAUUCCACAGUGCGGGGAAUGCAAAUUUUGUCUAAAUCCUAAAACAAAUCUUUGCCAGAAGAUAAGAGUCACUCAGGGGAAAGGGUUGAUGCCAGAUGGAACUAGCAGAUUUACUUGUAAAGGAAAGACGGUUUUACACUACAUGGGAACCAGCACAUUUUCUGAGUACACAGUUGUAGCUGAUAUCUCUGUUGCUAAAAUUGAUCCUUUACCACCUUUAGAUAAAGUCUGUCUUCUGGGCUGUGGCAUUUCAACUGGUUACGGUGCUGCUGUGAACACUGCCAAGGUGGAGCCUGGGUCUACAUGUGCAGUCUUUGGACUGGGAGAAGUUGGAUUGGCAGUUAUCAUGGGCUGUAAGGUGGCUGGUGCAUCACGGAUCAUUGGUGUGGACAUCAAUAAAGAUAAAUUUGUGAGGGCAAAAAAAAAAAAAAAAAAAAAAAAAAAAAGAAGCUGA